AUGGUCGCAAUUGCCGCCAUAUCGCGACUGGCUCGCCCCUCACUGUCCUCUUCGUCCAAACCUCUCUUCCGAUCCGCCCGGUCCGCCCUCGUCCUCCCCAUGGCGGCGCGCUCCUUCUCCUCCUACCUCGUCACCCCCAAGGAGCUCAGCGAGGCGCUCAAGAAGAACCCGCCCUCGACUAUCUCGCCCGACCCCCGCGUCAUCCCCCUCUGCGCCGCCUGGUUCAUGCCCAACGACCCGGAGAAGCGCACCGGCAUCGAGGUCUUCCGCAAGGAGCGCAUCCCCAAGGCCCGCUUCUUCGACGUCGACAAGAUCUCGGACCGCCGCAGCCCCUACCCGCACAUGCUGCCCAGCGCCAAGGACUUUGCCGCCGCCAUGUCCGAGAUGGGCAUCCGCAAGGAGGAUACCGUCGUCGUCUACGACACCAAGGAGCUCGGCAUCUUCUCCGCGCCCCGCGUCGGCUGGACCCUGCGCGUCUUUGGCCACCCCAACGUCCACGUCCUCAACAACUUUAGGCUCUGGGUCGACCAGGGCCUGCCCACCGAGAGCGGCGAGCUCUACGAUGUCGAGUGCCACCCUUACCCCAUCCCCGAGCUCGACGCCGACAAGGUCGCCACCUACGAAGAGGUCCGCGAGGUCGCCCUCGACUACAACAAGGAGGGUGCCGAGGGCGUCCAGGUGCUCGAUGCCCGGUCCCCGGGCCGCUUCACCGGCAAGGACCCCGAGCCCCGCAAGGAGCUCUCCUCGGGCCACAUGCCCGGCUCCAUCAACAUCCCCUUCAACGAGGUGCUCGACCCCACCACCAAGACCUUCCUCCCCGCCGACCAGCUCAAGGCCUACUUUGAGAAGAAGGGCGUCGACCCGGCCAAACCCGUCAUCGCCAGCUGCGGCUCUGGCGUCACCGCCGCCGUGGUCGAGACGGCGCUGAACGAGGCCGACUACGGCAGCCCCGACCAGAGGAAGGUCUACGAUGGCAGCUGGACCGAAUGGGCCCAGAGAGUCCGUCCCUCAGACUCACUGAUUCGCAAAUCGGAAGGCUGA